AUGGGAAUAGAAUAAUCAACAUAAAAAACAAUUCCAGAAAAACAAUGUUAUUUUUUUGGUUUUCCUAAUAUAUUAUUGAUUUACAACACAUUAAAAGAUGAAUUCACAAGAAAUGAGACUCCAAAUGUAUUAGAUUUUGUUUAAUGAUUAGAUAGUUUUAAAAAAUAUGGCAUGUGUGUAGAUAAAUGAAAGUACAGUUUAUCUAAGUGGUGGAAUUAAUGAGAAUUAUUAGGAAGUUAGUAAUAAUGUUUAUCGAUACAAUGUGGAUGAGAAUAUUUUUAGGAACCUACCAUCAAUGAAUAUUCCAAGAUAUACACAUUAACUAAUAUAUAAUAAAUAUGAUUAAAAAUUAUAUGCUAUGGGAGUAUAGAAUAUAUUGUUAAUAAAUUAGGGACGUUCAUAUGGUUAAGGAAGUGAAGGUAUUUUGAAUAGUUGUGAAUGUUAUGAUUUUUAGAAAGGUAAAUGGGAAAUGAUUGCUCCUAUGAAUUGUCGUCGUGCAACAUUCUUUGCUAUAUUAUAUGAAUAAAAAAUAUAUGCAUUUGGUGGAUAUACAGAUGUAAGAAAAAGAUCAAAGAAAAUUGAAAAAUUUGAGAAUUAAAAAUGGGUAUUAUUGAAUUUAAAAUUACAUUAUGGAAUAGAAUAAGGAGUAUUGUAUUAAAAUGAGAAGAAAGAAUUAUUUAUUUUGGGUGGAUAAUCAGCUGAAGGUAUAAUUGAUAAACAUUAAGUUAUUGAUUUUACAAAAUAGAUAACAUAUAUAGGUAAGACAAAUAAUUAAAAACCAAGAGUAUUAUAAAAAGGAAUUUAAAUAGAGAAUUAUUCAAUUUAAUUUUUUGGUAGUGACACUUUAUCUAUAGAAAGAGGAGAGAUUUCUAAUUUAGAACUAAGAACUUAUAAAAAUAAAUUGUUUAAUUCUAUAUCAAAUGAAUGUCUGAAAGAAUUUAGUAUAGCUGAUUACACUUUUGAAUUAGGAGUAAUUUAAAAAUAGAUCAUGUCUUAUAUUGUAAUAAUAUAAGAAGAUGUUAUUUAUAGGAUUAAUAAGGUUUAUUUUAAAGAUCAGAAUUAAUCAAAAUAAUAAAAAUUUAAAGAAUAUAUUUAAUCAACUUAAAUAUUAUCAAAUAAAAUAAAUUUAUAUUCAGGAGCAUUAUUAUUAAAUGAUGGAAGUUUAAUCAUUAUGGGAGGAGUUAAUAACUAGAUGAAUUAAAUAAGUAAUGAUAUUAUUAAAUUGGAAUCUAAUUUUGGUCAAUUUACUAAAUUAGCUAAAAUGAAUUAAGCAAGAUAUGCUUUUAGUUAUUAAUUAGUAGAUAAUUAUAUAUAUGUUGCUGGAGGAAGAUACUAUGGUAAUGAUGAUUAAGGAAUUUUGGAUUCAUGUGAAAGAUAUAAUAUAAAUAUUAAUUAAUGGGAAGUGUUACCAAAGUUAAAUGAAAAAAGAUGUAGUUCUUUUAUGAUCUAACAUAAUGGUAAAGUAUUAGUUGCAGGAGGAUUUAAUACUUUUAAAACUAGAAUCAAUACAAUUGAGAUCUACAAUCCUGAUUUGAAAUCCUGGGAAAUGUUUGGAAUUACAUUACAUAAUCCAAUUGAGGCUUGCACAUUUAUUUGUAAAUCUAAUUAGAAUAAAUUGGAUUUCAUCACUUUUGGUGGCAGACAAUCUUCUGAUAUAGAUAAUGUGAUUAAAUAUUCUAUUGAUUUUGAUUAGCCUAUUGAUCAUCAAAUUGGAAAUUGUUAAUAAUUAUAAAGUCUCAAAUUUAAAGGAUCUUUAUUAUAAUAAAUUACUAUUGAUAAUUAAUUAUUUAUAAUCCAUUAGAAUGGACAAUAAUUAAAUAUGAAUUCCUAUUAAUUACAUACAUUUUAAUAAAUAGAAACUAAUAUCAAUUAAUAAUUAAUGGAAAUACUUUAAGAAUUAAAAGUAAGUAAUUUGGGCAAAUUAUUAAUAAUAGAUUGA